GAGACGAUUGUGUUCGAAGGACCGCCGGCGAGAGGGGAGGUGGUGGCGAACGUGGCGAUGUCGUGGACGCUGGUGUGGAUUCCGUUGGCGAUUCAAGCCGUCGGUCGCGCGCUCUGGUUGAAGUAUAAGAUUACGGACAAGCGCGUGAGCGUGAUUUCGGAAUCUCCGUUGAGGAAGGAGCGCACGGAUAUUCCGUUGGAUCAAAUCGCGGACGUCAUCUCCGUCGGCCGCGGGAUCGGGGCUUGGGGGGACAUGGUCGUCACGCUUCGGAACGGAGAAAAGGUUGAGAUUCGCUCGUUGCCGGAUUUCAAAAAGUGCGAAGACGUGAUUCGAGAGAAGAUG